ACUCGGGGCCGACACCGAGUAUAUAGAAGAGCCACGGCGGCUCCAGCGACUGAUUUCCGCUCGAAGAACCGCGAACCGAGCAUCCACGUUCAUCGAUUCCUCCGCCCGCCACAGCCAUGAGACUUCCAAUCUUCCUUAUCGCCUUGUUGCUCGUUUCGAUGACGAUGGCGCAAGAGAAGAACGGUCAGCGUUCCCCUCGUGCACCGCAGCCGCAACUCAAAUACCAAGAUCCGAACGGUCUAAAGGUCGAUUGGAAAUUUUUCGGCAUUCUGAAUCAGUUUCGACCUCAGCAGAAAUCCAGCGAGCAAACGGAGGCGGAGUCUCAGCAAUUGCAGGAGCAGCAGCCUCAGUCGCAACUCGUCCAGAUCGAAUCCGACCGGUUGGAACACAGAUCGUAUUUGCAAGAUCAAGCACAGCCAGAUGCUCAACAGAUACGGUACAAAACGUUCGUUCAACCGAUCGACGUCCAAUCGCCGGAUCCAAAUCAGAUUCAGUACGGCAGAUACUCGGAUCCUCACGCGAAGCAAGCGAUCGUGGAAGACUUCAAACAUCCUGACCCGUCAUCCUCCGUUUACUCUUAUCCUCAGCAACUGGUCCAGCAGGAUCAGUACGAGACGUCUGAGAAUUACGGCGAGGAAGCACGGAAAACCAGGCGAGAGUAUGCGAACAGGGGUAGAAUCGUGUACAAAGGUAGCUACGAACAGCAACAGGAACAGCAACAGCCUCAGGUGGAGCACAUCGCUGUGCCCGUGGAGAGGCUUCCAUCGCCGAUCCCUCAGAAAUUGGUCAUCGACAAGAACAUGCCUGUUCAGAUUCAACGGUUGCUUCAAUAUCAGGCACGAUUGCCAUACGAAGUGAUCGCGAACACUAUUACGUACAAACCGAAAUCUUUGUUCGUGCCCAAGCCAAUUCCUGUAGAUGGAAAGGGGCCGUAUCAGUAUCGAAGCAAGGUUUAUUACGUGAAUAAUGAACAGUACGAGGACGAAACCUACCACGCGACCAAACCUGUCGAGGAGAAUCAGAGGCAUUGAUGUUGAAUUUGGAAUUUGGAAUUUCAUUGGAGUUUUUUUUUAUGUUUGUAGAUUUGGUCGUUGAGAUUGGAAUUUUGAUCGGUUCAAUCAAAGGGAUGAGGGAAGAUUUGACUUGAAGUGGAAGGAAACGAAAGGAUUCGUCGUUUUAUUUCGUUUUUAUAUUAAUAUUAGAAUUAACAAAAUGUAUAUCUGAAUAUGUGUAGAUAUGGUUAAAGUUGUUUAAAAAUAAUUUAGAUGUGUUAAUCGUGUCGUCUGUUUGGAUAAAAAAUCUUGAUAUUAAUUUUGCUGAUAAUUAUAAAAACGAAAAUCUGAAAUCAAUUUUUCGUCCAUCGUUCAACGGAAAAAUCGAAGAUAUUUCCAAUCUCGACAUGUUGAAGAACAAAGAAAGGUUUACACUUUUUGAGUAUAUAUAUAUAUUCUGGUAUAUCAUUAAAUCGCACACAGUUACUUUAUUAAAUUCAGUCACUGAUUUCAGCUUUAAUUUUAUUCACGAUUCUUCUUACAGCUUUAAAUGGAUACAAUUGUUUAUCAAUUUUUUCGAUUUGGAUUUCGUAAUAACGAU